UAAACGGCGGCGGAGGCCGGGAGCGUUCUCAGCCCUCACUUCAGCCCGCACGACAUGGAGCCUCCCGCCCGUAGAGUGACGUUCAGCAGCCGCAAAAACGAAAAGGGGAACACCGCCUUCUCCGUGGAGGACAUCCUGCACCCCCGAAAGUUCAACGGGGCCGCCGAGAAGGCCGCCGCAGGUCCCAACACGAAGCAAUAUCUUUCAGCAGGCAUCCGUAGACCACUGCCUACAAAGCUGACCAAAAAGCCAGCAAACUCAAAGUGCGGCGUCCGCCGCGUGCGAACAGCCUUCACGCUGGACCAGCUUCGGGUUCUGGAGUUGAGCUUUCAUCGCUGCCACUACUUGAGUCCGGUGGAGCGCCACGCCCUUGCCGGCGCACUCUGCCUGACCCACACGCAGGUCAAGAUCUGGUUCCAGAACCGGCGCACCAAGUGGAAGAAGGAGGAGGGCAUGCGGGUGCAGGAGCACCACAUUGCCCACCCCACCCACCGCUCCACCGUGUUCAACGUCUCCACCUGGUGGCCGUCGCCUGCAAUCGCCUUCAAUCGUCAAAUCAUCUGCGGGCAAUUCCGCCCCUUAGCGUCGCGUAUGACACAACCACUUUUUUAUCGCUGAAGUCGAGCUGAAUAAUCGACUAAUCAAUAGAAAAACUAAUCACCCACAUGAAGAACAAUAAUCAAGUGAUCACAUGGACAUGAUCGACAAGCUGAUCAAGCGACAACCAGGGAUGACAACCUGAAUGCAGAUGUGCAGUCAACAGUUUUAGAACUGUAAUGAUGUAAAAUAAGUUAUUUUUAAUAAAGAGAAAUAUUAAUAUUUUGAA